CAUGGCGGAGAAAGACGCAGAAAUUGGGUUCAAAAAGGACACAGUAAGCAAACUCUUGUCAAGUUUCUUCAAGGAGGACAAAACCAGACUAGGCGGUGAUGCUGCGCUGCUCAUGGCAGAGAUGCUCAAAGUGUUUGUCCAAGAGGCUGCUGUGAGAUCCCAGAAACAAGCUGAAUGUGAGGACUGUGACCAAGUAGACAUCGAGCACUUUGAAAAGAUCCUGCCUCAGCUGCUGCUGGACUUCUAGCACCGUCAUGCCACAAGAUGGAGCCAGAGUGUUACUCCAGUGCUCCUUCUUCGAUCCUACUACUUCAGCUCCAACAGCCACAAGUUUAGUUUUACUGAUGUUUAUAUUUUCUGUAAAACUGCAAUUUCAUAAUCCCUUAAAUCUGAGAUUACAUUAAGAUUCUCGUUCUGUAUUUAUUGGAGUUGUCUGAUUUUAAGUGGAAAGCAGCAGUGCUGCCUGCACGCCUCCUUGCCACUACCAAUAAGGCCCACCUGUGCUCUUCUGUGCAACAACAGGUGCUUCCAGCAUGCUCCAUGGCGCCCUUCAUCAAAGCCUCCUGGAGCAGUUGGAAGCAAUUAGAGUAAUAAGGGGAGCAGCCAGUCCCUUAGAUGAUGACAAGUGCCAGGAAAAAAGGAGUACCCCCUCCGGCCACUUUGAAGUUCCCUUUUGCUGUCCUGCGAUGUUUAGUUAGAGGUGGGGGGAAGGGCAAAGGGGACCUCUGGCACAGGGGGAAAGUUGAAUGGGAGUGUGCGUGCACGAACGUGUGCAUGUGUUAGCCAAACACGGCCGGAGACCACACGCAUAGAUAUUCUGUUUGAAAGGAAACAUAACAAAACACAUUGGAACAUGGUCCAAGAAGAGCAGGGUGUAAUUCUGAAGGUAAAUAAACAAAAGAGGCAAGUAGUGGAGGUGCUUUCUCUCCUUUCAUCACGGCAGAGGGGGAAGUUGGGCCUGCAAGGGAGAGUAAUGUGGGGUUUUCUAACCCAAGAGCCUCUGAUGGUUUUCCACCAGUGGCGUGUUUGACCGACGUUUCUUUACUAUGAGUCAGCAUAGCUGCACAACACAUCACACUAUUUAUUUGUGUGGCUCUCGUGUGACUCACUACGCUUACAAAUGCUGCUCGCAUACAGCUGGAAGCAACUUCGGCUUGAGUCCAGGCUCAGAUAGACGUUCAAGGACGCGGCACCUGGAAUUUGACCCAGCACCUUUUUAGUAGGGCCCAGGCUGGAUUUGUGUUUCCCAGGAGUAACGUCCACAGCAGGCCGUCAGGAGUGUGUUUGGUUGAGUGAUGUUCAGUUUAAUGAUGCCAAGAGGACCAUUAGCGUACAUGCAGAAAACUUUUUGUGAAGUAAAUAGUUUGUUGGGUUAAUUCCUGCCAUUCAUAGCAGCGAGUGCUGCCCUGUGGUUUUGAGCAGUGCAGUGUUCUACAGAGCCCCCGCUUUGCCAACCUGCUCACUCAGAUGGCUUAGUUUUUAUGACCAGAUAUGUAAUGAUCUCACUAAAACAAAAAUACAUCUUCCUUUUCGUCCCGGUAAGCAACCCAUUUGUAAAAGGUGCAGCUUUGGAUGUAGCAGUAUGAAGCCUUUCUGGAGGUUUACUAAAGAUGAAUCUUCUCCAGCUGUCAAUC